GUGAGAGGUUGAGGAUAUUGCCAGUCGUGAGUCUAGUAUUGAAGCCUUCGUGUCAAUGGCGCUUCUGCCUGCGCUUCCGAUUUCUUCAACUCCAAAGUUUCGGAUUAAGUUGUUUCUUGGGCAACCAUGUCAACUCCCAAGGUGCUCAGCAAUACAGCUUCCCCAGCAAACGCUCCAUGCCAGAACUUGUAUAAUGAAGAUCUCAAUGGCAGACCAUAAUGAGCCUGAUGAGGUUAAGUUGCAGAUUGGAAACAUGAAGGAGAAGCUUAGAGAAAUGUUGCCAAUCUCAGUUCAGGAAUUUCCUUGGGGUAAAGCGGAGCAUAAACUUGUAGAUAGGUUGAUUUCUCUUGCAAGAGAGGCGUUGAAGUGGUUCCUUGUUUUAUUUUUUGUUUUUAGCUCUAUGUCAGAUAUUGCAUACACAUUAUAUAUAAAUCGUGAGCUAGUGAUUCCCAUAGGCCUCCUGGUUGGCUGCCUGACGGCUGACUUUUUGAAGGAGACAUCGCAAGAAUUGUUUCAUAUCUCGGAGGAUAAAGGCUUGAAUCAACAAGUUUUGGGGAUGUAUUGCUUUUUUGUGUUUGUGAAGAUCAUCUCUGCAUGGUUCGGAAUACAAGCUCGGGUUUUUCUUUUGCAUGUAGCAAAUGGUGGCCUGAUGCAGGCACUGUGGUAUUGGAAAAGUUCGAGAGAAGAGUCAAAGAAUCAAGACGAGCGUAGUUUUUCCUCCUCCGGUUUGGAGGCUUCAUGAAUCGCAUGAUAGGAUAUAGAUAGAAAAGUUCAAUUUUUGGGUUCACCUUUGUAUAGAUUACAUCCUGUGCUAGCACCACCAUGAUGCAAAUGCAAACUAUGUUUUCCAUUAUAUCUUACCCUGUUUUAGGCUUUUAGCUGCGCUGCCUUAUACUAACUCAGAAUUUCAACCCCCCCC